AUGCGUCAAGGAAUGAUCGCCGAGGAUGUGGAGAAGCAGAAGCUUGCGCUGCUUUCGCAGAGCAUUUUGAUCUCCGAUGAGGGCGUUCGUCAAUCUUCGGAGCGGUCUGUUACUCGAUGGGAUACCAUUUUGAACAGGUUGAAACAAAAACCAGGGCUUGUCGUGAUACUAUCUGUGGUAUUACUGGUGCUAUAUUUGCCGACUCUCAAUAUAUCGCCACUCGACUUCAUCACACAGAAUGGCCAUUGCGAUAUGAGCUCGCAUGAGAGCCUUGGGCCCGGAAAGCUGGGAGCUAUUGCUACCGAAAGCGCGAUUUGCUCGCGGCAUGGAAUAGAAAUGUUUGAAAUGGGUGGCAAUGCUGCUGAUGCGCUCGUUGCUGCCCAGUUCUGUGUAGGAGUUAUUGGUAUGUACCAUAGUGGUAUCAGUGGGGGCGGGUUCAUGCUGGUGCGGGCACCGAAUGGAUCCUUUGAAUUUGUCGACUUUCGAGAGACAGCGCCAGCCGCGGCGUUUGAAGAAAUGUUUCGAAAUAACACGAAAAGCUCGGUUUAUGGGGGUUUGGCAAGUGCCGUGCCCGGUGAAGUGCGUGGAUUGGAGUAUCUCCACAAACACUACGGCUCUCUUCCGUGGCGGACUGUCAUGCAGCCAGCCAUCAGGACCGCUCGUGACGGAUUUCCGGUCAACGAGGACUUGAUAAAAUAUAUGAACGCGGCAGUGGGCACUGUUGGGGAGGACUUUCUGUCACAUAAUCCAACAUGGGCUCUGGACUUUGCCCCCAAUGGCACCCGCCUAGGCCUGGGGGAGAUUAUUACCCGGAGGCGAUUUGCGGAUACCCUUGAAGCUAUUGCCGAGCGGGGUCCUGAUGCCUUCUAUUCGGGCCCAAUUGCUGAAACCAUGAUCAAUGCCGUUCAAGCUUCCAACGGAACAAUGACAUUGGAAGAUCUAGCGAAUUACGAAGUCAUCAUUCGAAACUCGUCUCAAAUCGACUAUCGCGGAUAUACCAUCACUAGUGGAACGACGCCUUCUAGUGGCACUAUUGCAUUGAGUAUGCUGAAAAUUUUAGACGGAUACAAAGAUUUUUUCUCAUCUGAGAAGACUGUGAACCUCAGUACUCAUCGAAUGAACGAGGCAAUGCGAUUCGGAUAUGGCCAGAGAACGGAAAUGGGAGAUCCGCUGUUCGUUCCGGGGAUGGCGGAAUAUGAAGAGGACAUAUUGAAACAGUCGACUGUUGAUGGCAUCCGAGGCAAGAUCUCUGAUACUCACACACUGGACGUGUCAGCAUAUGACCCUGCUGGCAUUGAAAUUCGGGAUACACCAGGGACUUCUCACCUUGCCGCAAGCGAUCACUCCGGCCUUGCCAUCUCUGUGAUCAGCACGAUCAACACGUACUUUGGCAGCCAAGUAAUGGUUCCGGAGACGGGCAUAAUCAUGAACAAUGAGAUGAACGAUUUCUCAAUUCCCGGAUCAUCCAACUCAUUCGGAUAUGUUCCCUCUGAGGCAAACUAUAUUCGCCCUGGCAAGCGACCUAUGUCUUCCAUCACACCGGCCAUCGUCACUGGGCCCGACGGGAAGCUAUUUCUAAUCAGCGGGUCAGCUGGAGGUAGUCGUAUUAUCACCGCCACCGCCCAGAUCAUCAUCAACGCAAUUGACCACGGUCUGAAUGCAGCUGAAGCCUUGGCCAAGCCUCGCUUGCAUGACCAACUACUUCCUAAUCAGGUCUGGUUUGAGUAUACAUUUGAUAACUCUACUGUGGCCUUUAUGGAAAGUAGAGGGCACAAUAUUACUUGGAUGGCCCCUGGUUCAAGUACUGCACAACUCAUUCACGUCCUGCCCAAUGGAACAUUUGAUGCUGCUGGUGAACCACGUCAAUUGAAUUCAGCAGGCUAUGCGAUAUAG